AUGGAUUCAUUUCCAGUGAUGUAUUUUCUCAUAAUUAUGCUGAUGACAUCAAUGGUCACUGAAGGGCGGAUUCUGAAACAGACUCAGAACAAACUCACCAUAUCUGCUGAUCACUCGAUUCUCUUGGUUGAUUGUCAAACUGGAGGGGACCAGCUCCUACCCAAUCUUCAUUCCUGUAAAAUCAUAUUGAGGGAGACGAGGAAGAAGGGUAUUGGUGGAGGGUAA